GAAAAAUCCUACCAUAUCUUUUUGACAGACGAGGUUUUGGCAAUGAAGUUUCUCGGCAUCCUCACGUCGCUCUCCAUCCUUGGAGCACCGGCUCUAGCAGCUUUGAAUGGCCCGUGUAGCGGUACCAGCGAUACGCGAGGCUACUACGGAAUCUGCGUUUCGACAUCCACCUGCAGGUCUUAUGGCGGGACAUACGUGAGCAACCGCUGCCCUAAUGACCCGGCCGACGUCAAAUGCUGCACAGUUGCCCGUUGUGAAGACCGCACGAGCUACUGCGGAUGGACUAGUCGCCAUUGCAGUGGAAGGUUUAGAUCUGGCUUCUGUCCUGGAGGCAACAAUUACAAAUGCUGCGACCACUGAAAGGCCCUUACUGCGCACGGUUGCGGAGAACAACCUCCUAAGUGUUGCUUGGCUCCUAUAUGUAACUUCAAAUGGAGGAUAUAUCAAAAUUUCUGGUCUUUCGCACUCCUUUGUUCCACCCUUCGGCUUCCUCUCAAGUAUUGCUUGCGAAGGGUAUUUGGCAGUGGUUGUUAUUUAAAACAUGUUCCAUAUUCUUCUGUCAUUAUGUUUAGCAAAAUCUAAAUGUGGCUAUUCAAGAGUCAGAAACUGUCCUUGUCGGCAUUAGAGUAGUUCGGUAAAUACUAGCAAAUUUCAGUUAGGAAG